AAACUAUUUCUGUCUACAGUCGCUUUCCACCAGAUGGCGGAGUGAUUAAAAAUGGCAGCGUACAUGUGAGAUUGAACCUCACGAACUCACGAAGGACAACACUUGGUGUCGGUCACGUGCAAUACAUUCGCGCUGGACAGUAGUAUGUCCGGCUCGAUCAGCCGGUCUGUGUCGUUGAGCCCGCUGGAUCCAAGCCCUCCGAGUCAACAGGGCUCUGGUUCGCCCCCAAGGGUUGCCGGCUUGCCUAAAGACACUCGCCAGCUGGCAGACCUCACAAUCUCACCGUUGAAAAUAUUCGUGUCGGCCAAAAAGCGUAUCAACGACGUUUUCGUGGGUAUCCAAGGAUAUGUUGAGGAGAGUUAUGGAUUCCUCCAAGCCCUCAAUUCUGGCAUGGAAGUGUUGGCGUCCCAGGACUGCACCGCUGUUGAGAAAUUUCGUGACAAGGUAGCAGGCAUAAGGGAUGUCUUAGCACGCGAUCACAUGAAAGUCGUUUUCUUUGGAAGGACAAGUAAUGGGAAAAGUACAGUUAUCAACUCCAUGUUACAAGACAAAAUUCUUCCCGCUGGACUCGGACACACGACAAACUGUUUCCUUCAGGUGGAGGGGUCUGAUGACUCUGAGGCCUAUCUUAUUACGGAAGACUCCAACGAACGGAAGAAUGUGCAGUCUGUGUCACAACUAGGAAAUGCACUGAACUCGGAGUCUCUUGGAGAGAGCACCUUGGUAAGAAUAUUCUGGCCCAAGGACAAGUGCAACCUCCUUAAGGAUGACGUGGUUCUUGUUGACAGUCCUGGAAUCGAUGUUUCCCCCAACCUUGACUUAUGGAUUGAUAAGCACUGCCUUAAUGCAGACGUCUUCGUGCUUGUGGCGAAUGCAGAAUCCACUCUGAUGGUCACUGAGAAAAACUUUUUUCAUAAAGUCAGCGAACGUCUUUCGAAGCCAAACAUUUUCAUCCUGAAUAACAGAUGGGAUGCGUCAGCCUCUGAACCUGAAAUAAUAGAAAAGGUUCGAAAGCAACACCUCGAAAGGAAUUUAGCAUUCCUGGUUGAUGAACUACAUGUCACAAAUAGGCAGCAGGCUGAAGACAGAGUAUUCUUUGUGUCAGCGAAAGAGGUGUUGAAUGCUCGGUUGAGGAAGCAACAGGGACUUCCACAGCACUCUGGAGCAGGACUUGCUGAAGGAUUUCAAGGGCGGUACUUCGAAUUCCAAGAUUUUGAACGAAAAUUUGAGGAGUGCCUAUCAAAAUCGGCUGUCAAAACGAAGUUUGAACAGCACACUCAAAGGGGGAAAAAGAUCACAGGGGAGCUGAAAGCCAUCAUGCAAAAAGUUCAUGAACAUGCAAGUCAACUGAAGUUGCAGAAGCAGACUCACAGGAUGGAACACUGGGAGAGAAUGGAGUUCACACAACAACAGCUGCAGCUUCUAACAGAAGAAGUGAAACAUCGCAUCAGCCAGCUGGUAGAGCAAGUUGAGCAGCAAGUUGCUGCUGCCCUCAACGAAGAGAUCCGUCGUCUGGAAAGUCUCGUGAACGAGUUCGAGAGGCCAUUCCACCCCGACGCCCUCGUGCUCAGUGUGUACAAGAAGGAGCUCCACACAUAUGUUGAGAGAGGACUUGGAAGCAAUCUUCGUGGUCGGCUGUCAAACACCUUGCAGAUGUCUGUGGAAGGCGCUCAGAAAGAAAUGAUUGGACGAAUGUCAUCUCUCAUUUCACCUGAGCAUCAUCCUCAAAUGCUCAAUGUUCUUCCCCGUCAUAAUUUUGAAGUUCUGUACCGCCUCAACUGCGAGAGCCUAUGCUGUGACUUCCAAGAGGACCUUGAGUUCCGUUUCUCUCUCGGUAUGGUUAACUUGGUGAGGUUCUUCCUCGGGCCGCACCGUGCAAGAGCUGCCCUUGGUGGCUCUUAUUCACCUUCAGUGCCGAGACCCGUUGCCAGCACGCCUCAAACUCCGAGCAAUGACAUCAAGACACUGAUCAACCCUCCUGCAGAUUACUUAGCUAUGGUACACAAGCUGGCUGUUGUAUCACCGUCCUCGCAGACAGCUGUUGGUACCCUGGCCAUUUGUGGCUUUAUGAUUCGAACUGUUGGCUGGAAGGUCAUCGCCGUAACUUUUGGACUGUAUGGCGCACUGUACUGCAUGGAGCGUAUGCUGUGGACAAACAAAGCCAAGGAACGAUCGUUCAAGAAGCAGUACGUGCAGCAUGCUACAAGGAAGCUUCGUCUGAUUGUUGACCUCACCAGUGCUAAUUGUAGCCAUCAAGUCCAGCAGGAGCUGUCGAGCACUUUUGCACGACUCGGUCACCUUGUGGAUGAGGUUGUAAGUGAGAUGGAUGAGGAGGUUAAAAAGUUGGAUCAGGAGAUCGGCAAAAUGGAGGACGCUGCAACCAAUGCCAGGAUACUAAGAAACAAGGCUGGCUACCUGAUUAGUGAGCUGGAAACAUUUUCACAGCAGUAUCUGCAAUAUGACCAGUAGUGGAUCGUGACCAUUCAGAUGAAGACCUGCUUGGUGGACGUGCACACCUUGAAGUGAAACUACGACUGCUUUUCUGCUUACUUAUUUGUAUACAGCAGUUUUGUGAAUACUUCUCCUUUCUUUAUUCUCUCUCUUUCUCUCUCUCUGACCAUUCUACACACUAGGUCUCUUUAGCAUUUCUCAAAAUUCCGUUGUCGUUUGCACGUUUAGAGGGCUUUGCGAGGAGCAUUGAAACUGGAACAAAAUUCAUUCAGGAUGGCUGACUUUUCUAAUGGGUACCAUAAUCUGAUAUAUGUAGAUGUACUCUGUGAACAACUAGCGCGGAUUACAAUUGCAUGCGUAGGACCGAGAGGCAGUGGUCAUAUUUACAGAUGUUUUUCCUACCUGCCUCCCUCUUUCACUCUACGACGUUUACGUUCUGCUAUUUUUCCUGAUUUGGAUGUAUUACUCAUUGAGUGUUUCAAACACAGUGUUGGGGGAUAUUAUGCUUCUCCCCUAUUUCUUUGGUUGUCUACUGCAGUUAAAGCUUGCAUUUUACUUUUAUGUUGUGCAGUCCUGCAUGCGUUUGACAAAAUGCGUCGCAUCAGCUCGUGACUAUAGACAGGCGGUCAUUAGGUCUGCUGUAAAAAGAUAUUCUUUGUUUGUGUAUGAUGGAAGCAGCGUAUUAGGUGAGAUGUUUAUUUUGUUGCUGUAGGUCUAAUUAGUAAAUAAAGAAUGUUUCUGUAAUA